AUGAGUACAAACACCUCCGUGGUAACUGAAUUCAUUCUCAUAGGCUUCUCCCACCUGGCCAACCUCCAGGGCUUUCUCUUCUCUGUCUUUCUCACCAUCUACCUGCUCACCGUGACAGGAAACCUCCUCAUUGUGUUGUUGGUGUCGGUGGAUGCUGCCCUCCAGUCCCCCAUGUACUUCUUCCUUCGAAUUCUCUCAGCCCUAGAGAUUUGCUACACAUCUGUCACUGUCCCCCUGCUGCUUCACCAUCUCCUCACUGGCCAACGCCACAUUUCUCGCUCUGGCUGUGCUCUCCAGAUGUUUUUCUUUCUCUUUUUCGGUGCCACAGAAUGUUGUCUCCUAGCAGCCAUGGCCUAUGACCGCUAUGCAGCCAUCUGUGAACCUCUGCGCUACCCACUGCUGUUGAACCGUCAAAUGUGCCUGCAGCUCGCUGGGUCAGCCUGGUCCUGUGGAGCAAUGGUGGGUCUGGGCCACACCACCUUCAUCUUCUCCUUACCCUUCUGUGGCCCCAAUGCCAUCCCACACUUCUUUUGUGAAAUCCAACCCAUCCUGCAACUGGUAUGUGGAGACACCUCACUCAAUGAACUACAGAUUAUCCUAGCUGCUGCCCUCAUCAUCCUCUGCCCCUUCGGUCUCAUCCUAGGCUCCUAUGGACGCAUCCUAGCUACCAUCUUCCGGAUUCCAUCUGGGACUGGUCGCCGCAAGGCCUUUUCCACUUGCUCCUCCCACCUGGUUGUUGUCUCCCUCUUCUAUGGCACAGCCAUCUUUAUCUACAUUCGUCCGAAGGCCAGCUACGAUCCAGCCACAGAUCCUCUGCUGUCCCUCUUUUAUGCUGUGGUCACUCCCAUCCUCAAUCCCAUCAUCUACAGCCUUAGGAAUGCUGAUGUCAAGAUUGCCCUGAAGAGAACCAUCCAGAAAAUGAGGCCAGUAGAGAUUUGA